AUGAAUGGAAAACUUUAGAACAAUUAACUAAUUUAUUAGCAUCUUUUGCCAAAGCAACUACUUUACUUGAAGGUAGUACUUAUUCUACAAUAAGCUUUAUGUCUCCAGCAAUUAAAGUAUUUUUACAAAAUUGUAAGCCUAAAUUAAUUGACUAUAACAAUGAUCAAAAUGAAAUUGAAAUCGAAGAUAUAAAUUUUGAUGAUAUUACUACAAUAUUUGAUAAUGAAGAAAUUGUUAUAGAUUAUGAUUAUAAUAAUGAAAUUGAAGUUACUAUUGAUGCUAAACAAAUUAAAGUAAAUCAAAUUAUUGAAAUAGAUAGUCUAGUUUAUAAAGUAAAAAAAGCAUUAUAUACUGCAUUAAAACAUUACUGGAAAUUACUUUUAGUAAGUUCUUUAAUUGUAACAUUCUUAGAUCCUCGAUAUAAAAGAAUGGAUAAAUUUUAUAAAUGGGAACGAGAGCAAACAAUUGAAGCUAUACAAGACUUAGUUCAACAACAUACUAAUCAACUAAAAAUAAAGUAA